AUGUUGAAAAUAACCAUAACAACUGGUACGCUUUUACUUUUUGAAAUGCACAGUGCUCGAUGAAAAAGUUAAAAGAAAAGAGUAGUGGGUAUUUGCAUAAACUUGAUAUGUUCAGGUUUUAGAGAGUAAAUAGUUUCACGGCUAUUACCUGUCAUUAACUACUUCUGGAGCUGACAACAGAGUGCACACAUCGAACUCAAAACACAAUCAUUUAACAGCAGUAAAACAUACAGGGUUGAAAAGAAAAAUUAUUGAAUCAAAAUGAGUCGGUUGUAUGAUACUGUGGAGCCUGCUGUUAUUGAUGAGGAGAUACUUAAAAAAGCUGUUGAGGAACAGGGACCAAAAGAGGAAGCUGGAAAAAUUGCAAAACAAGAGGGAAUUGAUUUUGGAGAUGUUUUAUCUCUUCGACUUGACUUCUUAAAUGUUUUGAAAAUUGAUAACCUAUGGGAAUUCACAAAACUCACAAAAUUACAACUGGACAAUAAUAUCAUUGAAAAAAUUGAAGGCUUAGAAAGUUUGGUAAAUCUGGUGUGGUUGGACUUGUCCUUCAACAACAUAGAAGUCAUUGAUAAUCUGGACACCCUCACAAAACUGGAGGAUCUGACUCUGUACAGCAACAGGAUCUCCACCAUAGAGAACAUGGAUGCUCUUCUCAACCUUCACGUCCUCUCCCUCGGCAGAAACCAACUCACAGAUCUAGAAAAUUUGCGGUAUCUAAGAAGAUUCAAAAACCUGAAGACACUGAAUUUAUCAGACAACCCUUUCUCCAAGCAAGAGGAAUAUAAACAAUAUGUGAUUGCUUUUUUAUCAAACCUGGAAUUUUUGGACUACAGACUUGUUGACCAACAGUCAAGAGAUGCUGCAAUAGAAAAAUACCAGGUAGCAAGGGACGAGAUGCUUCAUAACGAAAGGCAGGCAGAAAUUAAAAAAGAGGACGAGAUUAAAAGACUGCAUGAACUGGAGAAACACAAGAGUGCCUAUGUAGAGUUGAUGAAUGGGCCAGAUCUAUUUGAACAAAUGUACGCAGAGGAUAAGGAGGGUCAGAAACUGAAUGAGAUGCCGGGUCUGGAGGACCAGCUUCACAGCUUCAAAGAGAAGUUUAUGCAGUUCUGUCUGCAGAUCUUUGAAUUUGGUAUUGCUGAGCAUGAGAAACGGGAGGAGGAAGUGAAGAGUUUCUGGGAAUGUGUGGAGGAAGCAAAACAAGACAACAAAAGGCUUGGCAUGAUGCACAUUGAUGACUUCACAGAAAUGAAGAAAAAAAUGUUGCAAGAGAUGUCCCAGAUGAGUGAUCCCAAGAUGCUGGAGCAAUGUGUUAAGGAUUACAAUGACAGAAUUCAGGAUCUCUGGGACAAACUGAUGUGUCUGGAGCUGCAGGUUGUGGACCAGCUUGAGGAAGUAAUCAAAGAGUUUGAAAGGAACAUGCAGGACAUGGUGGGUUCUUUUGUGGAGAAUGUCCAAUCACUCCUCUCUCAGUGCCGUGACCUAGAAAACAAUCACCAUGAGAAAAUGAUGGAAAUCGCCAUUGUCACUCUGGAAAAAGUCAUCAAAAAUGAAUUAGAUGAUGAAAUAUCCGAUGAAUUAAAAAUGUUACUUGUGGACAAGGACACAAUCAUCAAUGCAGUGUCCUCCUCACAUGAUGUCCAUCUCCUGAAGAUUGACAAUAAGGAGGACGACAUUGUCACUCGUAUCAACCAAUGGCUGAAGAACUUGAUAGAACAGAUUCAUCAGGAUGAGGAAAUCACACGGAACAGGAUGCGGGUUUCAGAAGUUAAUAAUCUUAUUGACCACUUACGAGAGGAAAUAGACAAUUUGGAAGUACUGCAGAGCUAGUGAAGUUUAAAGAGCCUGAUUGUAAUGCAUUGUGAAUGGGAGAAUACACAUUUUCUUAAUUGCUGGAUCCUAAUGUCAGACCUUUGUCUGAAACAUUGUUUAUAUGUUACAGAGGGACUACAUGAGAUACAGGAGUCAGUGCUUGCAUGUAGUAACGAACUGAUAUGAUAAAAAAGUAUUUAUUAUACCUAAGGUAUGGGAAAAGUUAAUUUCCCAAAAUACUAAUAAAUACAUGUUAUUAUGAAUAAAACUUUGUCAUUUGUAAUAAU